AUGAGUCACUUAUCAGGCCUUCGAACCAGCUCCAGCUCCACCUCAUACCGACGCACCUUUGGGGCGCCACCCUCACUGUCCCCAGGAUCCUUCUCUUAUUCCUCAGGUUCCCGCUUUUCCAGCCGCCUGCUGACCUCUCCAUCCCCCAGCUCCUCUGUCCGUCUGGGGAGCUUCCGGGGCCCCCGAGCUGGGGUAGGUGCCCUGCGCCUACCCUCAGAACGCCUUGAUUUCUCCCUGGCCGAGGCCCUGAACCAGGAGUUCCUGGCCACCCGAAGUAAUGAAAAGCAGGAGCUCCAGGAGCUCAAUGACCGCUUUGCCAGCUUCAUAGAGAAGGUUCGGUUCCUGGAGCAACAGAAUGCAGCCUUACGGGGGGAGCUGAGUCAGGUCCGAGGUCAGGAGCCUGCUCGGGCAGACCAACUAUGCCAACAGGAGCUUCGAGAGCUUCGUCGGGAGCUGGAGUUGCUGGGCCGAGAUCGUGACCGGGUGCAGGUGGAGAGGGAUGGGCUGGCAGAGGAUCUGGCUGCUCUCAAGCAAAGAUUGGAAGAGGAGAUACAUAAACGAGAGGAUGCAGAGAAUAAUCUGGUGCUUUUCCGGAAGGAUGUGGACGAUGCCACACUGUCCCGCCUGGAGCUGGAAAGGAAGAUCGAGUCCCUGAUGGAUGAGAUAGAAUUUCUCAAAAAGCUCCAUGAGGAGGAGCUGAGGGACCUACAGGUGAACCUGGAGAGCCAACAAGUGCAGGUGGAGGUGGAGGCCACAGUGAAGCCGGAGCUGACAGCGGCACUCAGAGAUAUCCGCACUCAAUAUGAAAGCAUAGCGGUGAAAAACCUGCAGGAGGCAGAAGAAUGGUACAAGUCUAAGUAUGCAGACCUGUCAGAUGCUGCCAAUAGGAACCAUGAGGCCCUUCGCCAGGCCAAGCAGGAGAUGAAUGAGUCCCGGAGGCAAAUCCAGAGUCUAACCUGUGAAGUGGAUGGGCUUCGGGGGACUAAUGAGGCAUUGCUUCGGCAACUUCGAGAGCUGGAAGAGCAGUUUGCCCUGGAGGCUGGGGGCUAUCAGGCCGGGGCUGCCAGGCUGGAGGAAGAGCUUCGGCAGCUGAAGGAGGAGAUGGCUCGGCAUCUCCGUGAGUACCAGGAGCUGCUCAACGUCAAGAUGGCCCUGGACAUUGAGAUCGCCACCUACAGGAAGCUGCUGGAGGGAGAAGAGAGCAGGAUCUCUGUGCCAAUCCACUCCUUUGCCUCCUUCAGCAUGAAAACAUCUGUGCCUGAGCCUGAACUUCCCUCAGAUACCCAUAGCCGAAAGAUGGUUUUGAUCAAGACCAUAGAAACUCGAGAUGGGGAGGUGGUGACAGAGUCCCACAAGGAACAGAGGAGUGAAAUAGAUAAGUCUUCUACUCACAGCUACUAA